AUGAGGAUUCCUAGCCUUCAUCCCCUCACUGCCAAUCUCAUCACGUCCGCUCUCAUACUCUUUUCAUUGACGAAGAUGGUCACGCCUAUCCCAACCGACAUUUCACAUGUGGUUGAUGAUGCUGACAAGCCUAAGCACCAGAAUCUGACGCCCGCCAUUCAAGUCCCCGGUAUUCACCCACCGCAGAAGCGGGACGAAAGGAACUGUCUCGGAACCUAUCUCUGCACCGAGAAAGACUGGAAAGGCGACUGCUACUGGGCCUGUUUUCGGAAGGGCUUGGAGGUGCAACUAGAGACCGAAUGGGCUCCCAAGAUCAAGUCGGUGCGUCCCGACCACGACACCAAAUGCAAAUUCUUCUUUGGAACCGAAUGCCGAACUAGACACAAGAGUCAGGAUAUGGUGUAUCCUGGAGGCGACUUUGACGCGAAAAAAAUGGGCAAACUUGGUGUGGGGUGUUUUUACUGUUUAUAA